AUGGGACACUCGGUCAUCUCGCCUGCCAUCUUCUACUGGGGCACCCCGGUCGUUCUUGCGACAACGGUCAACAAAGACGGAACGCCGAAUAUCGCGCCUAUCUCAUCCGCCUGGUGGUUGGGAAAUCGAGCUGUCCUAGGGCUUGGACGAAGUUCUCAGACAAUCGCCAACAUCAUCCGCACGCGACAGUGCGUGCUCAAUCUCCCAGGCGAUGAUAUGGUCCAAUGUGUUAAUGCUCUGGCGCGGACAACUGGCGCCAAAGACGUGCCGGCAAGCAAGACCCAGCGAGGCUAUCGAGAUGAGAAAGACAAGUUCGGCAUCGCGGGAUUGACUCCCGAAUCUUCGCAUCUUGUACAGCCUCCACGGAUUCAGGAAUGCCCGGUUCAGAUGGAAGCUGAGGUCGCUGGAACCCACGAGCUUUUCAAAGAUGGUCCAAUCGAGUUACAGGGAUGCGUCAUGGCGAUUGAGGUCAAGAUCCUGAGGACCUAUGUUAGGGAAGAGCUGCGGCUUGCUGCGUAUGCGAACAGGAUCGAUCCCGAUAAAUGA